ACACCUUAACCAUGUAUUUCCAACAAUACUGGAGAGAUAAGAGGCUCGCCUAUUCCGGGAUCCCGCUCAACCUCACGCUGGACAACCGCGUGGCGGACCAGCUGUGGGUGCCUGACACUUAUUUCUUAAAUGACAAGAAGUCGUUCGUGCACGGAGUGACGGUGAAAAACCGCAUGAUCCGGCUUCACCCCGACGGCACCGUGCUCUACGGGCUCAGAAUCACCACAACCGCGGCCUGCAUGAUGGAUCUGAGAAGGUACCCCCUGGACGAGCAGAACUGCACCCUGGAAAUUGAAAGCUAUGGCUACACCACGGAUGACAUUGAAUUCUACUGGCGCGGUGGCGACAGUGCUGUCACCGGAGUGGAGAGGAUUGAGCUCCCUCAGUUCUCCAUUGUGGAGCAUCGCCUGGUCUCCAGGAAUGUCGUCUUUGCCACAGGUGCCUACCCCCGGCUCUCCCUGAGCUUCCGGCUGAAGAGGAACAUCGGGUACUUCAUUCUGCAGACCUACAUGCCCUCCAUUCUCAUCACCAUUCUCUCCUGGGUGUCCUUCUGGAUCAAUUACGACGCCUCCGCGGCCAGGGUGGCCCUGGGGAUCACCACCGUCCUGACGAUGACCACCAUCAACACGCACCUUCGGGAGACCUUGCCCAAAAUCCCCUACGUCAAAGCCAUUGACAUGUACCUCAUGGGCUGCUUUGUCUUCGUGUUCCUGGCCCUCCUGGAGUACGCCUUCGUCAACUACAUCUUCUUUGGGAGAGGCCCUCAGAGGCAGAAGAAGCUUGCCGAGAGGACAGCCAAGGCCAAGAACGACCGUUCAAAGAGCGAAAGCAACCGGGUGGAUGCUCAUGGGAAUAUCCUGUUAACGUCCCUGGAGGUUCACAACGAAAUGAAUGAGGUGGCGGGCGGCGUCGGGGAGACCAGGAAUUCAGCAAUAUCCUUCGACAACUCAGGAAUCCAGUACAGGAAACAGAGCAUGCCCAGGGAAGGGCAUGGGCGGCACCUGGGGGACCGGGGCCUGCCGCACAAGAAGACCCACCUACGGAGGAGGUCUUCACAGCUCAAAAUUAAGAUCCCCGAUCUCACCGACGUGAACGCCAUAGACAGGUGGUCCCGGAUCGUGUUUCCUUUCACGUUUUCUCUCUUCAACUUGGUUUACUGGCUCUACUACGUUAACUGAGCGGCCGGACUCGAUUUUUCAAAGACUCCGUUUAUCACUGAGUGGAAUAUUACUCUGCCUGUCGAAGUUUUUAUACCUGUACACACACACACACACGCAGACACACGCAGACACACGCAGACACACACAUCUAUACAUACGCAAUUGUAUAUAUAUGUGAACUUUCUCAGCAUAUAUAU